AUGUACCUCCCCAAGAAGCCCGAAAAGCCGAAGGAGAAUCCAUUUGCGGUGCAGAAGUCGCGGCGUUUUAUCGCCGCGUCCGCUGGAGUUGCACUUAUAACGACAGCGAUUGCAGCGUUUUUUACCCUUGAAAAGGUGCGGGAGCGGCAGAGGCGCCCCGAUGGUGUGCUGCAGCAACAGCGUGGGGGCCCGCGUGUCGUUAUCAUCGGCGCGGGAGCCGCAGGCUCGGCGCUUGCUGCAAGCCUCACGAGCAGUUCGGCGGAUUUGCAAGUGACGGUGAUUGAGCGAGAGCGAAAGCAUGUGUUUCAGGCGAUGGUGCCGCUCGCUCACGUGGGUCACCGUAGCUAUGACCUCAACACGACUGGUGGCGUGGACUUCCUGCGUUCGCCCGCUACGUGGAAUGUGACGCGGGAUGCGUCACUGGUGUGGGGUGAUGUGGUGCGUGUCGAUACCGCGCGCAAUGAGGUCAUUGUGCGUGAAAGGCCCAAUGCGACUUCAGCAGCAGCAGUGGGAGGCGGAGGAGGAACAGAAUCGCCGCCACAAUCGUCGUGGGCGAUGGCGCUACGGUUUUGGAAGCCGCGCGGCGAGGGCGGCGGUGGUGGUGAAGCUGCGGCUGUGGAGCGGCGCUACGCUUACGACGCUCUGGUCGUUGCGUGUGGUGCGGAGCGGGCGUUGGGGCCGCUGCAGCAAUUUCUCGAGCCGGCACAGGUGGACCGGCGCUGCAUCGCCGUGAACCCUGGCGUCACACGCGAUUGCCUCGCCCACAUCUUCAAGGGGACGGUGCUGCACGUAAAGGUGCCGCCCGCCUCAUUUGCGAGGGACGGUGCUAUGCGUUACACGUCGCGCCAGCACGACGGCACAUUUGUCGGAUCCGUAAACACCAUCUGGCGGUACCUCUCGUACUUUAACAAACUUGAGCUGUGCCCCUACAUCGCCGUCACUGCGGACCGGCAGCCGAGCGACGCUUUUCCCAGCGUCCUCAAUGAGCGCAUUGCGGACCACUGGCGGCGGCGCGGUGUUGACUUCGUCACGUCCUCGUACCUCACCAACGUCGACCCGCGGCGAAAGGAGGCAACGCUCUACAACUACGCCAUGAACGAGCAGCGAGUGGUGCCGUACCAGCUGCUCGUGCUGGACCUCCCACUCGCCGCUCCGGCAUUCAUCCGUGAGAGUGGACUAAGUGGUUCUCUUGAGACGGACGGGUUUGUUGACGUGCACCACCAGACGCUGCAGCAUCGCACGCACGCGAACAUCUUUGCCCUCGGCGACUGCGCGGCGUUGCCAACAGUGAAAAGUUACGGCGCCGCGUUUGCGCAGGUUCCUGUUGUCAGUCACAACGUGCAGCAGCAGCUGCGGCGGAUGCCAAGUUCUGGCAAAACGGUGGAUGCGGAUGAGAAUCCGGGGUUUGCCCGCUACGACGGAUACUCUUCCUUUCACAUAGUUAUGACGACGUGGCGCGCCAUGUGGCCGGAGUUGUUGUACGGAGCAGCGACGCGCGAGGCACACAAGAGCCAGUCCUACACCCUCGAUACCGCGCCCCUGGUGAUGACGAAUCACCACAUGUGGGACAAUCUGGCAUGGUCGGACCUGCGCGGCUUUCUCAAUGCGGCAUACUACCAGUUGUUUCUGUACGAGGUGAUGUUCUAUUUUAUGUUUACACGGGCUGCGUGGUAUCCGCCAACGUGGUUUUCCGUACCUACAUUUAGUGAGGAAAGCGGCACACGCCUCCGCGGAGGCCUCAUGUGA